AUGGAAACAAUCUCAAAUCUCCCUAGUCCCCAAAACCAGGGCACUCACCAAGAUGUAGUGAUCUUGGACAAUGAAUGGUUAAGAACAGCAGAGAAAAACAUCAAGAAAGAGCCCAAGUUUCUUAACAACACAUCUGGUUGGGAAGCUUGUUCAAUCUUUCGAGCACCUCAAACCCUGAAGAAAAUUCACCACCAAGAAUUUGAACCUCAGGUAGUUUCCAUUGGACCCUAUUACCAUGGUAAAAAAGAACUCCGUAUGAUUCAAGAACACAAAUGGCGAUUGCUUGGUGGUGUAGUAGACCGUGCAAAAGAAAAAAAGGUUGGCCUUGGUCUCGAUGACUUUUACAAGGUCGUUAAGAUAAAAGAGGCUGAGAUAAGACAGUCUUAUUCGGAUUCAAAUUCUGUUGAUCGAUUUGAUAGCAAGAAAUUAAUUGAAAUGAUGGUAUUAGAUGGGUGUUUCAUUUUGGAGCUAAUAUGCGCAGCAGAACGCCAAGUGAAAAGACAAAAUGAUCCUUUAUUAAUGCCUCGGUGGCUGUUGUAUUCCAUUUCCAGAGAUCUACUCAAGCUGGAGAAUCAAAUUCCUUUUUUUGUUCUUACAACUUUGUUUAACCAACACUGGAAAUUCAUAAUGAGAGGUAAUGAUAGAUCUUUAACCCAACUUAUUUUCAAAUUCUUUCAUCGUUCAAUUCAGAUAAAUGAUAAGGUGAUUCCAGAUAGUUGUAACAACCUUGAUGGGAAACAUUUACUCCAUUUGUUUUCCCAAAGAUUCAUAUCUCCAUUACUCUCAGUCACAGAAACUGUUUCUGAUCGUAACCUAGAAAAACAAAAAGAAAAGAAAUGCACUAGACGUUUUUGUUUUCCAUGUUUAACUAAAAAAAGAGAGCAUCUUCAAUCCAUACGGCCAGUUGAGAAGCUUUUGGCGGCUGGUAUUAAGUUCAAGAAAAGUGAGAUUGUGUUGAGCUUUUUGGACAUAAAAUUUAGACCUAAUGGUAUUCUUGAAAUUCCAAGAUCAUUUACAGGUACUUUGACAAGCUGCUUUUUACUUAAUUCUAUUGCAUUUGAACAAUGCUAUGUGUUUUGCAAGCCCUACUUUACACCAUAUGUUGUUUUCAUGAGUUGCCUCAUUAGUGCAUCUUCUGACGCCGGGCAUCUGCUGGAUCGAAGAAUUUUUGAGAACUCAGGAACUGAUGAAGAAGUUGUUAAAUUCUUUAGCAGCUUAAAAGAUGAUGUUUUUGUUGAUAUUACGGGGAGUUAUCUGAAAAGGGUGAUCGACGAUGUGAAUGAGUAUUAUGAUAAUGUUUGGCAUAUCAGAUGGGCGGAGUUCAAGUAUAAUUAUUUUGGCAAUCCAUGGAUUUUCCUUUCGGCUUUAACUGCUUUAAUCCUCCUCCUUCUCACCGUUCUUCAGUCAUUCUAUACUGUUUACGGAUAUUUAAAUCCUCCUUAAUAAAGCAAGACUCUCAUUUACAGCAAAGAACAAGUAUUCUCAUAAAUCCAUUGUAUUCCUUUGGGAUAAUUAUGCAGUUGGUCUCUGAACUUUGUUGUUGUCGUUGUC